AUGUCACUGUCGAAGCAACCCUCGGAUCACAUAAAGCGGCCCAUGAACGCGUUCAUGGUGUGGUCCAGGGGACAGAGGAGGAAGAUGGCUCAGGACAACCCCAAGAUGCACAACUCAGAGAUAUCGAAGAGACUUGGAGCUGAGUGGAAGUUACUCACUGAAAUGGAGAAGAGGCCCUUCAUCGAUGAAGCGAAAAGACUCAGAGCCCUCCACAUGAAAGAACAUCCCGAUUAUAAAUAUCGGCCGCGGCGGAAACCGAAGGCUUUGAUCAAGAAGGAGCCUAAGUUCGGUUUCAACAUUAGCGGUCUGAUGGCACCAGUUCCUCGCCUGAUGACGCCCUCCAUGCCGCAGCCUGUACCACAGAUGCCUGUACCACAUCACUUGCUGCAGGACAAACCUGACUUGGGACGGACGCUCUUCCCACCCAUACCAUACCCAUUUUACCCCUUCGCCAAGAUUCCCUCCGACGAUGGAAAGUUGGCAGCCGAAUUAGCGCAUUUACAGACGUAUUUUUAUUCGCAGGCCCUGUACGGCGGUGCGUUGUACAGCUCGGCGUUGUACAACAGCGCCCUGUCUCCUUGCGGCUGCCCUCCUCGCCGGUCUCCGUCACCUCCGCCAGACGUGAAGCGCCCGGUGGCUUACGUCCUGAUGAAGAGUGACGAGGAGCCUCCACAGCAUGUUAUAUGA